GUUAGAGGAAGUUUGACUUGGGGAGCACUGCAGUCUGGCUCACACCAUUCUGUGGGGUUUUCACUGAUGUAAAGGCUUUUUAAAGAGAUUAUCUUGCUGGUUUUAAUGGUGUUGUUCCAUUGAUUAUAUUCAAAGCCUGAACAUGGAGUGGAGUUAUGUUCUACCCAUUCAUUUAAUGGAGCUGAAGCUGAUGAGUUCGCCGAGCCUCAGUGAACUGGGCAAGACUGAAAAGGCUGCUUUGGAGGAUAGAGGCACUCAGCAAUGCAGGGCAGGGGCCAACGUCAUCUGGAAUAGUAUCCAUAAUGCAGUAAUCGGCAUGUUCCAGAAGAAAGAUCUGGGAGACAAUGAGCUGUACUCUUUAAAUGAAGGAGUCAGGCAGCUGCUGAAAACAGAGCUGGGCUCCUUCUUCUCAGAGUACCUGCAGAACCAGCUUCUAACCAAAGGGAUGGUCAUCCUGCGAGACAAAAUAUACUUCUAUGAAGGUCAAAAGUUACUCGACGCUCUGGCUGAAACCUGGGACUUUUUCUUCUGCAAUGUUCUCUCAAUGCUGCAGGCCAUUUUCUACCCAGUGCAGGGGAAGGAGCCCACUGUAAGGCAGCUAGCACUCCUGCACUUUCGGAACAUUAUAACCCUGAGCAUUAAGCUGGACGAUGCUUUGUCUCGUCCCAAUGCUUGUGUUCCUCCUUCCAUCAUACAAAUGCUGCUCAUACUGCAGGGGGUGCACGAGUCUCGAGGAGUGAGUGACGACUACUUAAAGUUGGAAUCUCUGAUCCAGAAAGUUGUGUGUCCGUACCUGGGAACACACGGCCUCUAUACUGAUGACGGCUGUGUGGCACAGUGCUCCUGUGUGCUGGAGAAGCGUUGGCAGCGGCACUGGCCCCAUCUCGACUCCUCGGGCAGGAACCCUGUAGUGCGCUCUAAAAGCUACAACGUCUCCAUGUUGACACCUGUGGCCGAGUACGAGACAGAGCCCACAUCAGUGGGCAGUGCUGGAGUCCGACGACACUCUGUGUGCCAGAUGACCUUGUGUCAGGAAGAGCCGGCAUUCUCCAGCACAAAGUCCAGCCCUGAGUCGAACAUCACACCACAGCUCUCGUCCUCUCACCCAUCCACAGAACACGACUCGGCUCUGACAGCCUGCAAAGGGCAAAUGACAGAAACGUCUCCUCUACCGUCUCCUUCCAUUGAGUUUGGUCCCGUGAGGUUCUCGCUGCCCCUCUGCAGUGAAGCUGCUCAACUGAGAACAACCUGCUCUGGUCUUUCACUCAUUCAGCCUCAGCCUCAGGACCCAAGCACCUGAUUCUAGAGCUUCCUUAUGACGUCGUCUUCUCUCUGCAAGCCCAUGACAGUAUAUAUAGUGUACAAUAAUCACACAGGCUCAGUUUAGCUUCCAAACAUGCUCCACAGUGUAGUUAGCACUAUAGAUGUCUUGGUGUGUUUGCAGAAGGAACAUUUGCCAGACUGUGGUGUCGAAGUGAUGAUACCUCCUCACCCUUCCUCAAUAAAUUAUUUUCUUAUUCUGGAAUGAACAAAGACCUGCUAAAAAAAAAAAUGUCUCCUUUACCUCUGUAGAAGGAAAGCAAGUUGAGGAAAGUCAAUAAUUCAUUAAUGUUAAUGAAUGUUCUUCUGUUUGUUUUUAGUUAGCAAGCUGAAAUCUAGAUAAUGGUAAAUAAUUUAUUUACAACCUUCAGGUUUGAAUAAAUUAUAAACAGAGUAAAGCAUAAGUAGAUCACUCAUAGGUUAUGUUCCCUUUUUUUAAACAUGAAAACAUUAAACUCAUUUCAUUGUCUAUGUUUUAUGAAUUUAAAUAUAGGAUCGUUUUGUCCCUCAUUUAAAUACUUUUAUUGGCUGAAUACUUUUAACUACAUUUAACCGUGUAAGAUUUUAGCCAGGAUGUACUUUCACUCUAUCAUGUCGGAGUCCAACCCUGUUGGCAGGCUCAUGUUUAAGUGUGUAAACUUUCAGACUCGUACAGAAACAACUAAAUCAGUGGCAUGUGAAACGUGUCUCAUCCUGAUGUUACAGAUGAUGCUGUAGCUCAAUCUGAUGGUGUGAAAUAUUUAUAAUACUCUAGAAGUAAUACUGCAGCAGCUACUUUAGUUAUUAACACACCUGCUGCUUCACACCUUUAAAUACAAUAGACAUUAUAUUACAAUGUAUAGUGGGUAUAGAAAAGAAUCAGCCACUUCAAUAUAAUCACAUUAAUGUUGCGCUGCAGAGUGAAAUUAUAUAUAUUUUUUAUUUGACAUUUCUUUAUCCAGCUAUAUUUCCUCACAUAACAUCCAAGAAAAAAAAGGAAAAAAAUGAUAAAACAGAAUGACCUGUUGGCUAAAGCAGCGGUCCUCAAACGUUUGUGCACCACAGACCCAUAAUUCAAUACAUCAGCGGGAGGUUGUAAAUAAACACAAAGUGCAUAACACAAAUCAUACAAAUACCACUCAACAACAAUAAAGGAGAAUCAGUGGGAACUCUGAGCUUAACACACUCACGUUUGUUGAUGUGUUGACCUACAAUAAUUGCAUCUGCCCUUCUAGUUCUUUACUUUUGGCUUGUCUGUUAAUGCAGGAUGCUUUAAAGCCUCAAAGCAGUCUUGAAGUCUUCAUUGCCUCAUUUGCCAAUCUAUGGCUACAUAUUAUGCACAGAGGGUUCAGUGCAUCACAAUUACCUGUUGUUAUAAACCCUGUAUUUUAAGUAUUAAAAUAAACUGUUGGCCCCCUU